AUGAGGCCGUUGCCAUUGAGCAUAGUCCGACCUCGGAGCAGGCGAAUUCUGUCUCCACGGCUCCCCCUACAGCUAUCCCCUACUCGCCAGCUAUUCUUUCGCCAUGCGUCCACUGUUCCUGCUAUUCGCAACGAGUGUCCAAAAGGCUCACGCGCCCUAGCCACCCAGGUCCAGCCGCCCACAGCCUUCUCCGAGCCAAGUAGCAAGGAGAGGGUAAUCAUCCUUGGCUCUGGCUGGGGAGGGUAUACUUUGUCUCGCAAAUUGUCAUCCAAAUCGUUUUUACCAACCGUCAUUUCUCCUCGGUCGUAUUUCGUCUUCACUCCACUUCUCACCGAUGCCGCAGGUGGUUCUUUAGAUUUCUCCAAUAUUGUUGAGCCAGUUCGUGAUUACAAUACCCAUGUCGACUUCAUCCAAGCUUCAGCACGUUCGGUGGACUUCCAGAAAAAGACGGUCCUGUGUGAAUCGACAGUGGUCAAGAGAGGUGUCACCGAGACGCCUCGGGUUGAAGAAGAAGGCGGGAACAAUGCGGCAGAGAGUAAGCCCCGGUGGGAACAGGGCGAGGUCUUUGAGGUCCCAUAUGACAAGUUGGUCAUUUCGGUUGGCGCAGUUAGCAAGACAUUCAACACCCCCGGGGUGAGAGAGCACGCCAUGUUCUUCAAAGAUAUUGGAGAUGCGCGGCGAGUCAAACGGCGGGUUCGAGAAUGUUUCGAGCUAGCAGUCUUACCAACAGCGACCCCAGAAAUGCAAAAAUCGCUGCUGCAUUUCACUAUCGUCGGAGCAGGCCCAACGGGCACAGAGCUCGCCGCUGCUCUUCGCGACUUCAUCUAUGACGAUUUAAUCAAGCUGUACCCUGCCCUGAAGGGACUGCCCCGUAUAACACUGUAUGACGUCGCGCCCAAAGUGCUGUCGAUGUUUGACGAGUCCCUUUCGCAAUAUGCAAUGGAUACAAUGAAAAAGGAGGGCGUGGAUAUCAAAACUUCCCAUCACGUGAAAGGCCUUCGCUGGGGUGCCCCUGGCGCCCAACCCCCAUAUGAAAUGGAUCCCAAAGGAUGCCUCACAUUGACAACUGAAGAAGAAGGUGAGGUUGGCGUUGGAAUGUGCGUUUGGGUCACAGGAAACGCCAUGAACAAGCUUGUCCGCCGCGGUCUUCAAGAUGUCGAGACCUUUCCCACAGAGUCUGUGCAGAUGAAGAAUGGCGAGAAACCGCCAGUCGACGUCCAGGAAUCUUCGUGGAAGGUCAAAAAGGCCCCUAAGGUCGGGGCGUUGCUAGUGGAUGGGCAGUUCCGUGUGCAACUCGAAAGUGACGACGGGAAGACGGCAGUGCUUCAAGAUGUAUUCGCAAUUGGGGACAACGCGAUGCCCGAGACAGGUGCACCGCCUGCAACAGCACAGGCAUCAGCUCAGGAAGCCAAAUGGCUAGCGACACGGUUUAACCGAGGCGACAUUAAGCAAUCCCCGCCGUUCUCCUUCAAAAAUAUGGGAACGUUGGCGUACAUUGGGGAUGCAAAGGCCCUGAUGCAGGUUCCCCACGACAACAAAUAUCUGCCAGAGGGUCUUAAGGGACGCACAGCUUGGCUUGUAUGGAAUUCGGCUUACUUGACAAUGAGUAUCAGUUGGCGGAACAAGUUGCGAGUGGGAUUCCGAUGGUUGUUGAACAAUAUAUUUGGAAAAGAUGUAUCGAGAUUUGAGUAG